AAAACGGAAGACACUGGAUUAUUUUUGUCCUCCAACAUCUACCCUUACGUAGGCUAUCACUCUUUUUCUUCCCUGGAUGCUUAAAUAUUCCUCUAGUGCCAUGAGAAGAAUCCAGCGAAGGAUGUACAUGGAUAAAUAAACCAAUGAGACCUCUGGACUCUUUUGGACAUCAAGCAACUCCGGUGUUUGGGGAACUGUUAAUGCAGAUAAAAUGAACUUUUAGGCUUAUCAAGAAACACUUCUUUCCGCCUUCUUCAUUUGAUUUAUUUGUGUUUUAUAUCACAUUUUGUAGCCGAUGAAAGCCUUACGUUGUCCUGGUUUAGUUUAAAUUUUACGUAUAUUUCUUCGGUUUGAUUUAAGCAAUGAACUUUUGUCUUGGGUGACUGAACAUCAAUCACAUAGCUUAAUCUUAUUUUAAAUCUCAUUUGUCUUUGUUUUGAGUUAUUUCUUAAAUUGUGAGCUAGGCAUCUUUUUGACAUUUCUUCAUAGUUCAUAAUAUAAAAUUGCCUGUGCUCAGUAACCCAGCCUGGAUUUACAGUAGAGACCAACACUUUCAACCACGGUCUCCAUCUGACAGUCACCUGUCACACCAGUCUUUUUUUACCUCUACCAUUUCCUGAAACUACUUCAACGGUCAGUCACUCCUCCAUCCAGGGCUAUGAGAGGAAGAGACAAGAACCAGCUCACAUCAUCAUGCAGGAGUUGAGGAGAGAGAAUGGGAGUUGGGCUGGCAAUGUUCAAGGGACUGUAUCUUCACUCCUCCGCCAUGCUUGUCAGCCUGCACCUCUCCUCCUCCCCUUUCUCCGACCGCCGCUGCCUGUCUUUUGUCUCUCUUGCUUCCUCCUCCAAACCACCUCUCUUCCUUGCACUCUUUCUCCUAUCUCUCCUCUUUUUCCCCACCUGCGAAUCUCGUCGUGGAGAUGGGACUGGGACUCCAGUCAGGGGCAUGAGUGGCGGCGACCGUGGCCAGUCAAUAAUAAGUCCUCCUCAUUAUCCCCCACCAGGAGCCAACCCAGUGGCUCCUCCCUUGCCACCAAAGUUUGCUCAAGGCCUUAGCAUUGCGGUGAUCCUUGUGGGAAACUCCAGCGAGGUGUCUCUCUCUGAAGGCGUGGAGAAAGAGGACUUCCUUCAUGUCCCUCUUCCGCCCAAAGUAGAGCUGGUCACAAUGAACGAAACGGACCCCAAGAGCAUCAUAAACCGUAUCUGUGCUCUAAUGUCACGGAACUGGCUGCAGGGUGUGGUGUUUGGGGACGACACCGAUCAGGAGGCCAUCGCCCAGAUAUUGGACUUCAUCUCGGCUCAGACACACAUCCCCAUCCUGGGUAUACGUGGAGGCUCUUCCAUGAUCAUGGCAGCCAAGGAUGACCUUUCCAUGUUCUUCCAGUUUGGUCCCUCUAUAGAGCAGCAAGCUUCUGUCAUGCUGAACAUAAUGGAGGAAUAUGACUGGUACAUAUUCUCCAUUGUCACCACCUACUACCCUGGUUACCAGGACUUCGUCAACCGGAUCCGGAGUACCGUUGAGAACAGUUUUGUUGGCUGGGAGCUGGAAGAGGUGUUGCUGUUGGACAUGUCAGUAGAUGAUGGCGACUCAAAGAUCCAGAAUCAGCUGAAGAAGCUUCAAAGUCCUGUUAUACUACUCUACUGCACUAAAGAAGAAGCUACAACCAUUUUUGAGGUGGCACAUUCAGUUGGCCUCACUGGUUAUGGCUAUACCUGGAUUGUACCUUCUCUGGUGGCGGGGGAUGCAGAUAAUGUACCCAACGUCUUUCCAACAGGUUUGAUCUCUGUUUCCUACGAUGAGUGGGAUUACGGUCUGGAGGCUCGUGUGCGUGAUGCUGUAGCCAUAAUUGCCAUGGCAACCUCUACAAUGAUGCUAGAUCGGGGUCCUCACACACUGCUUAAGUCUGGAUGCCACGGCACACCUGACAAGAAAGGCAGCAAGUCAGGAAACCCCAACGAGGUGCUGAGGUACCUCAUGAAUGUGACAUUUGAAGGGCGUAACCUCUCCUUCAGUGAGGAUGGUUUUCAGAUGCACCCAAAGUUGGUUAUAAUUCUGUUAGAUAAGGAGAGGCAAUGGGACAGGGUAGGUAAAUGGGAGAAUGGGUCUCUGGCAAUGAAGUACCAUGUUUGGCCUCGUUUCGAGCUGUACUCAGAUGCUGAGGAGCGGGAGGAUGACCACUUGUCCAUUGCUACCCUGGAAGAGGCUCCAUUUGUCAUUGUUGAGGAUGUUGACCCCCUCAGUGGCACCUGCAUGAGAAACACAGUACCAUGCAGAAAGCAGCUCAAAAUCCUAAACCAGACAAGAGAUUCAGGGAUCUAUAUAAAACGCUGUUGCAAGGGCUUCUGUAUAGACAUCCUCAAAAAGAUUGCCAAGUCUGUAAAAUUCACCUAUGAUCUCUACCUGGUGACCAAUGGAAAGCAUGGAAAAAAGAUCAAUGGCACAUGGAAUGGAUUGGUUGGUGAGGUGGUAUUUAAGAAUGCCCAUAUGGCAGUGGGGUCCCUGACUAUUAAUGAAGAGAGGUCAGAGGUCAUUGACUUCUCCGUGCCCUUCAUAGAGACAGGGAUCAGUGUCAUGGUCUCUCGUAGCAAUGGCACGGUGUCCCCCUCUGCCUUUUUAGAGCCCUUCAGCGCUGAUGUCUGGGUAAUGAUGUUCGUUAUGCUGUUGAUAGUUUCAGCCGUGGCCGUCUUCAUCUUUGAGUACUUCAGUCCUGUUGGCUAUAAUCGCUGCUUGGCAGACGGACGAGAGCCUGGCGGUCCCUCCUUCACCAUUGGAAAAGCUAUUUGGCUACUGUGGGGAUUGGUCUUCAAUAACUCCGUGCCAGUUCAGAAUCCCAAAGGCACCACUAGCAAGAUCAUGGUAUCGGUCUGGGCCUUUUUUGCUGUGAUAUUCCUAGCCAGCUACACAGCCAACCUGGCUGCAUUUAUGAUCCAAGAGGAGUAUGUGGACCAGGUGACCGGCCUGAGUGAUAAAAAGUUUCAACAUCCAAAUGACUUCUCCCCUCCCUUCCGUUUUGGCACCGUGCCGAAUGGAAGCACGGAAAGAAACAUAAGGAACAACUACAAGGAGAUGCACAGCUACAUGACCAGCUUUCACCAGAAAAAUGUAGACGAGGCCCUCCAGAGCCUAAAAACUGGUAAACUGGAUGCAUUUAUCUACGAUGCAGCAGUCUUGAACUACAUGGCUGGCCGUGAUGAGGGCUGUAAACUGGUGACCAUCGGCAGUGGUUACAUCUUUGCUACUACAGGGUAUGGCAUUGCCAUUCAGAAAGACUCAGGCUGGAAGAGGGCAGUGGACCUUGCCAUUCUGCAGCUCUUUGGAGAUGGUGAGAUGGAGGAGCUGGAGGCCCUAUGGCUGACUGGCAUCUGCCACAAUGAGAAAAAUGAGGUUAUGAGCAGUCAACUGGAUGUAGACAACAUGGCUGGUGUGUUCUACAUGCUGGGAGCUGCAAUGGCCCUGUCCCUUAUCACAUUCAUCACAGAGCACCUGUUCUACUGGCAACUGCGAUUCUGCUUCAUGGGUGUGUGCUCGGGCAAGCCUGGAUUAACCUUCUCCAUCAGCAGGGGUAUCUACAGUUGCAUCCAUGGUGUUCAGAUUGAAGAGAACAAAUCAGAACUUAACUCACCAUCAGCCACUAUGAACAUGAACAUGAACAACACCCACUCCAACAUUCUUCGCCUGUUACGUACGGCCAAGAACAUGACCUCUGUGCCUGGGGUCAAUGGUUCACCUCACAGUGCAUUGGACUAUAGCCAUCGUGAGUCAGCUGUUUAUGACAUCAGUGAACACCGGCGCAGCCUAGCAGGCCACAAUGACUGUAAGCCACCACCAUACCUGGCAGAGGACAACAUGUUCAGUGACUAUGUAAGUGAGGUGGAGAGGACUUUUGGGAACUUGCACCUGAAGGACAGCAACCUGUACCAGGAUCAUUACCUACACCACCAUGGGGGCACGGGAUCCGAACUGGCUCUUGGUAUGUCGGGUCCCCUGCCUAACCAACCUCGUAGCUUAGGGAGUGCCAGUUCUUUGGAGGGUGGGUACGAUUGUGACAGCUUAGGGGGAGGGGUUGCGCCCAUCUUCACCACCCAGCCAAGGCAGUCGCUGACACACCGGAACAGGGAAAAGUUUGACCUGAUUGCAGGUCAUCCAACCCAAUCAAACUUCAAGUCUGGUUUGCCUGAUCUGUACGGGAAGUUCUCCUUCAAGGGUGGGGCAUCCAGUUCAGGGUUUAUUGCAGGACAUGACAGGUACUGUGGGGGAGGUGGGGUGGGAUCGGGAGGGGACGAUGGAAACAUACGAUCUGAUGUGUCAGAUAUUUCCACUCACACCGUGACCUACGGUAACCUUGAAGGGCAUGGCAAACGGCGCAAACAGUACAGGGACAGCCUAAAAAAGAGACCUGCUUCUGCCAAGUCUCGCCGUGAGCAGGAUGAGAUUGAGCUUGGCUUCAGGAGACGCACCCACCACACUAUCCAUCAUCAUCAACACCACCAUCAUCCAGCAACACAAGCACACCACUCAGCUACCCCACCUGUGGAGCGCAAGAGCCAGAGAAGUGGUAACUGCACCUCUUAUCUGUUCAGAGACAAAGAGAAUUUAAGGGAAUUCUAUGUGGACCAGUUUCGAGCCAAGGAAGGAGCAUCCCCAUGGGAUCAUUUGGAUUUAAGUGAUACUCCAGGAAUGGGUGGGGGUGAUUGUGGUGGCAUAGUUAGUAGUGGGGGAGCAUGCACUAAUUUGGUUCCCAUGGAAGAUUUCCUGAAAGGUAAAUCCAAGAAGACAGAGUGUAAGGGUGGAAUGGGAGGAGGGUCAUCUGGGCAACAGGGCCAUGCAUGCUGGGAAAAGGGAAUCGGAGGGGUGGGGGGGUUGGCCGGAGGGGAUUGGGAAUGUCGCAAUUGCCACAGUGGAGGGGUUGGAAGUGGAGUUUGUAUGCAUGGGGGAGGCGGAGGUGGGGGCUAUCCAGCUUCUGGGGGAAUUGGGGGAUCCACUGGAGGAGGUGCAGGGAGUGGACAAAUCUCAAGUCGCCCUAGUUCAGCCACCAGCAAGCGAUGUGAUUCGUGCAAAAAAACAGGCAACUUGUAUGACAUCAGUGAGGACAACCAUCUUCACUUGGAUCAAAUUGGCGGCAAGCACCCCCUGGAGACCGGAAAGGGAGGGGGGGGCACAGGGGCCCAAACCCAGUUACAAAGGCGGAAAUUUGGCCCAGGUGGUAAGGUUUUACGCAGGCAGCAUUCUUAUGACACAUUUGUAGAUCUGCAGAAGGAAGGGGCAGGCAGGAUGGGUGGGUUUGGAGGUGGUGGUGGAGCAUCAAUGAUUCCUCCACCUCGAAGCGUGAGCCUAAAAGACAAAGACCGCUACAUGGAGGGCGUGAGCCCCUAUGCCCAAAUGUUUGAGCAGUAUGCGGGAGGGGAGCGUGAGACAACAUAUUUUGGUGGAGGGGACAGAGGGAAGGGUGGUGGAUCAUCAUUUAGCUUAUUCCGUGGGGGUGAAGGUGGGUUGCACCGUCGCUCCGUGGGUGAGAGAGAUAUGAGGGACAGGGAUAGAGGCAUGAUGGGAGGAGGUGUGGGCGGUACCCGAGGGGUCGGGACUUACUCCUUGUCUAAAUCUCUCUACCCAGAUAAGGUGAACCAGAACCCAUUCAUCCCAACCUUCGGCGACGACCAGUGUCUAUUACAUGGUGCCAAAUCAUACUACAUCAAAAAGCAGCAGGCACAGCCGCAGCAGCAACAGGCGCCACAACAGCAGCAGCAGCAACAGCUCCUCAACAACAGUCGGGCUGACUUCCGGGGCUCCAUGGGGGUGACUUCCUAUUUGCCUGCCUCUGCCACUUCUGGGGUAUUGUCCAAUGUGGCCCCUCGGUUCCCCAAAGAUCUAUGUCUGGGCGGGCCCCUUAGCAACCACCACGGUGGAGGACCUAGCAACCACAAGCUGCUUUCAGCAAGGGAUGGGUUAGGAAUGGGGCAAGGACAGAGACCGUUUAAUGGCUCAAGCAAUGGACAUGUUUAUGAGAAGCUUUCCAGCAUAGAGUCUGAUGUCUGAAGAGAUGAGUCAGAAGCAGAUCGACAUGCGAGAUAGAAGCCAACAUAUAUGUGGAAUGACAAGAAAUAAAACUGAAUAGGCAGUGUAUAAUUAGUACCUUCAUUCUCAAAGAAAGAAGAGGAAACUGUCUGAGUAACUGACUCAUGUUUUCAUUAAGUUAAGCAGGUGAUGCGCUGUCAAGCAUAUGUAUGUAAAUAGAAAGAGGGAGCCUGCCCACUGUCUAAAUGGUGAGAUUAGGGGGAAAACAGUUUAUUCCUCUCUUUUAUUCUCUUGGUUUUUUCUACAGCCCACAAUUUUCUGGCUUCUAACUAUCAACAAUGCGGCCAAUCCAGUUUAAAGAUGGAGACAACCGUGUACAAUCCUUUGUUCAAUCGAGGAUGGAAAUCAGUUACUGUUUUUAAACAACAGGGUAAAACUUACAAUAAAUGUAUUGAUAAUGUUCUUGAUAAUAAUAUUAUUACAUAUUAUUACAAUGUUUAUGAUGUUCCAUUUGAGUUUGGUUUCUGGAUGUUUUAUGCUGUUACAUAUUGUUCUGUAGUUUUAGUUCUUAACAAACCACUUUGCGGGAGGCUUAUUUGAUUUGUUAUUUGAGCUUAUUUGAUUGUCAAUUAAGUUGUAGAGAAACUUGGAUUCCAUAAAGAUUUUUUAUUAUUGAUUAUGUUUGUGUUUAUUUUUCCAGUAUGGAGUGCUGUAAAAUGUGUGUAAAGGCAUGAUUUGGAAAGUACUUCAGCUGUACUUGAGAUAUUGUGAAAGAAAUGUAUUAUUAUCUCCUAAUUUUAUUGUGUUCCAUUUGUCAGAACAAUAUUGGUUUAAUACACAGCACACUAUGUGCCUUACCAAGACUUACAGAAUACCAGAUUUACAGGUCAUAUUGCCAUGGUAGCUUUCUGGUCACUGCACACAGAUUUGUCAUUGGAUGAUUCAUAUUAUUCUGGAACAGUCCUUUUAAUAGCAUAAGCACUGAUAUUAAAUAUCCAGCAUUUAGAAGACACUAGCCUGAAUGCAUUCAUAGUAUUAAUCCUGAGUAGAAGGUACUAAAGAAAACAAAUGAAAUCGUUUUAACAAGGUUUAACAAUCGGAUCAUAGAAUUUGUAAGAAAGGUUUUGCACAACAUAAUACAGUGCACAGUAUCAUCAAUGAGUUGAGCUGUAGGGCGUUACAUGUGUAGGGUGUUAUCUGUAACAGGAAAACAAAAAUCAAUUGAUUUAUUAUUUUUCUCCUAUGUCCCCUAUCUCUAGAGCAUGAGGAGGUCUUUGAUCAAGCAGCAAAAUAAAAAUUGUCAUAGAUUUGUUUCCUCUAAGAAUGCGGUUAGUAUUGGAAAUGCUUGUCUGUACUUUCCUUAAGGAAAUGCCAGUCCACAGUAGGGUGUUGCAAGUUAUAAUUAAAUUAUUUUAUUUCCCAGCAAAUGCUUGCAUUUUGUUAUGUAAAUAUAUAUAUUUUUUUCCACUCUGUACUGUGAAUAGACAUGAACAAUGUAACUAUACAUGUUUGUUUUAGCACAUUCAUAAGCCAAUUUAAAAUUUUACAUUUUUAGGACUGAAGUAAACUGUUAAAAGUUUAACUGUCCAACUCUGCUAUAAAACAAAUUGUCCAUAAAUGAUUAAUGGUAUGGACAAACAUUAAGGUUAAUUAGAUUUUCUGCACACUCUCUAUUGUUGUUCAGACUAAUAUGUUCCCAUACGGCACCUGUAGAGCAUAAAAAGUACUUUUUAACAACUUGACAUAAGUCAUGAUAGCGAGAGGGAUAACUCCGAAAAGCUGUUUUUUCCCCCAUCCGUUUCAUGUUAAUUUGCUUGUAGGCAGUAGCGGUAUUUCUCAGGAAUUCCAGAUGGGCACAGGCAAAAACAAGCAUGACAUUGAACUAAAUUGCCUAAUUACCUAAAUCAUAAAAAAACAAUGAUCCCAUUUACUUGGACAAACAUGAGCCAUGUGAAGUGCAUUAUUUUGCUCUUUUGUUGUUUUUUUUUUAAAACUGAACUUUUUUUCAGUGUUGCAGCACAGUCUGAAGAAAUCAUCUCUCUUUGAAUCUUUGGCCCAAAGCUUAGAUAAAAUCCUUUACUUGAAGUUUGUUGUAAUUGCAAAUUUUGUUAAUCCUUUUUUUUUUUUUUUUUUUUUUUUAUGAAUUGUUUUCCAAACAGAUCUCCACUGCACAAUAUUUAUAAUAUUUGGUUUCUAAUUGAUGUAUUGCUAUUGAUUUGUGAAGUUUUCUCUUAACUUUUUGCCACAUUCUUUUUUGACUCGGUUGUCGUUGUAUGAAAGUUUGUUUAAGAAGAGCAUGCACAUCUUUUACUAAUUAAUUGCCAUAUCUUUAUCAUUUCAUACAAUUAUGUCUGUUUAGAUAUCAUGCCUGCUCUUUGUUGGUGCUACAUGUUGCUACACUGCACAUCAUACUGGUUCAGGGUGAUACAGUAGCUGUGAUUCUAAUUGACUGAUAAGAUGUUUGAUAUCGACAUGUAUGGAAUAUUUACUCAUCCAUUUAAGUACUGCUUGAUUAUAUCAAGCAAGCCAAACUAUGGGUGAUAGUGCUAGAAAUGGUCAGAAAUAUUGUUAUUAUUUAAGAAUAUUUUUGAAAGACCAUUCCUUUGUCUACGUAGGGCUUUUUGUCACAGUUUUUUUUUUUUGGUCUCUCAAUACCUUUCUUUGCAUGGUACCGUGUUUUUAAGAGAUUCUUAAUGCUUAGUCUACUUUCUAUUUUUAGUUUUCUUUAGAAAAUAUUUACGGUAUAUCAUAAAAGUUUAUGUUGUGUGGCAAUUCUUUUUAAAGAGCUAGAGCUGUGGCGACAGGCUUUGACCAUAGAAUUUCCUGUCGAUUUUUGUGUUUGUACAUGACAGUGAAACCUAUAGUUUGUACUAGUACUAUGCAGAGAAAGUAUUGUGUGAUUUUGUAUGUGAGUGUCAGAGACAUAGUUUUUGCUCUUCCUGAAAAGUUUUCCAGUUUUCUAUUACAUUUAGUUUGUAUUCACACUUUUUCUUUGUAAUAGCACGCUAUCAUUUGACGAAAAUAGUGUGAGCAACAUUUUCAGCAGCGACAAGAGAGGUGGGCAGAUCAAAUUGGAAGGAAGAGAAAGAGGGAGUAACAGUAGCCAAUGUGUUAUUUCAAUAUUUCAUUUAUAUUUUCAUUCAUUCCCAUUUAAAUAAAAUUUUUAAUGACUGGUAGGAUAGGACUGCAGUAUUUUCACUAUUUUAUUUGCUUGUCAUUUUAGUCCUCAUGAGCCCUCCCCAGUAUGGCACAUCACAUUUGAUUGUACGUGUAUCUGAAAUCAUAUGCUUGAUUACCUCUGUGUGAGUGGGCGUGUGUGCAUAGGUGUUUGUGUGUGUGUGUGUGUGUGUGUGUGUGUGUGUGUGUGUGUGUGUGUGUGUGUGUGUGUGUGUGAGAGAGAGAGAGAGAUAAGGAAACAGAGCACAGUGCAAUGGUUAUCUAUUGUUAUGUCUGCUGUAAAUAAUGAUGACCCCUUUCCAUAGCCUUUUAAUAUAUGGAGACAAAUAUUUAAAAUAUUGAGAUUUGAUAGACAUUUUUGUCUGGAAACUUUUUUAUAGCCACAUAGGGGAAAAUGUUAUUAGACCACUGUACCAGAAGCACAGUGCCAUUCUAAUAGCAUCAGAGAACCAGAAUUUAAGACAAAAUUGACAUCUUUGUUGUCUUUAAUUCUGUCUUUCUUGUAUUCUCUGUUUUUAAGAACUUAUUUUAAAUGUUACUUAAGUAUCACAAUUGUACAGAUUCUGUAAAUAUGACAAAAAUGUUUCUUUUGUUUCUGUUUUUGUAUAGAGAGGGAUUACAUGUUUUAAGACAACAAUAAUAAUUUAAUGAGACAUUUCACAAUAUUUAAGCUAUUGAGAAUACAGACACAGUGUGAAAAUAAGUGCUAAGAUAUAUUCUUCUGUCUCUUUGUACAAAACAGUGUUGGCUAAA